AUGACACCAAAACCAUUUUUCUCUACACUCCUAUGUUUGGUAGCAAGCCAUGGCCCGGAGCCAACUCCACGGAAGAAUUUAAAGAACCGUCUUUCCUUGCCGGAGGGGUUCUUUAAUUGAACUAUAACUUUCAAAAGGGAGUCAGAUUUUCCCUAUCCUUAUGGUCGGUUUAAGAGACUCUGCCAACAACAUUUCGAGGUGUCCUCUAAAGAAAAAUUGUUAUGUUAUGUUGUUUCCAAUUGAGGGACAACUCGAGAUAAGUACGUAAAAAAACUUCUGAAAUACAUUAAAGUUGAUGUUUAUGACGACUGUUCGGGAAACUUUGGCCAAGACAAUCAAUGCCAGCCAUCAAGCAAUUGCAAUGAUAUUUUCAGCACAUUUAAGUUUUAUCUGGCAUUUGAGAACAGCGUUUGUACUGAUUACAUUACUGAGAAAUCGAAAAGUGAAUAUGAUAUAAAAGACGAAAUGGAGACAAAUAAUAUGACAAAUACAUGGCACUUAGGGGAAGAGUUACCCGUUUUUCUUUUGCUCGGCUAA